GUGGGGGGGGAGGAAAGAAAGAAAGAAAGAAAGAAAGAAAGAAAUUGCGCGCGGAUCGCGGCGCGAUGUCCCGCGAGGGAAACUUAACGGGAUGCUGCGGAUCCGAGGAGCCGGCCGGGGGACGAGAUCGGCUGCUCACCGGGUGAGUCCGGCCUCCCGGGUUCUCCCCCCUUUCAACAGCACAACAAGACAUCUCGAUGUUUGUUUUAAUGAGACGACAAAUUUCCCCCCCAAAAAAUGGUCAAAUGCGUUGUGGGCCAUGCGGAGGGAAACGGAACGGAACCAGCGCGUUUCACACACGUGACUAACUUCUUCCACGUAUUGCCUCUGUGCCGGGAUCCUCCACCUGUUGACACGUGGAGAUGAAUGCGCUCCUCCGCGGUGAAUUGGGGCCAAAGCACGGAAGCCCGGCCUCAGUGGCCCCUUGAAACCAGGGAGGACAAACUAACGAGGACAGAUCACGUAGGACGUGCACUUCCUCCAAUUGGUCCUCCUGCUGGAGGGACCUGCUGCGUUGCUGAAUGGCUGACGAGCUCCCCGGCACCUCACGUACCCUGUGAAGCCCCCCGCCCCCCCGCCUCGCACCCCGCAUCGCGCCGGACGGGGUCCCCCGGCGAAGUGGGCCGUGAUGUACCAGGAGGUGGCCUUCCUGGCCGGCAGCAGCGAGCACCAGUUCACCCCCUUCCACUUCAAGCCCGUGGAGAACCCGCAGGAGGUCCAAAGCAAGAAGGGGCUGUUCUACAAGCGAGCGCAGCUGCUGCUGCCGCAGCCUCAGCGCCGCCAACAGGACGGGGCCGAGGGCGGCCCGGGCGACGGGGCGGCCAUCAUCAACGUGGGCGGGAUCAAGUACCGCAUCCCCUGGUCCACGCUGGAGGAGUUCCCCCUCACCCGGCUGGGCAAGCUGAGCGGCUGCAGCAGCGAGGCCGAGAUCAUGGACCUGUGCGACGACUACGACGGCAGCCGCAACGAGUACUUCUUCGACCGCAGCCCGUCGGCCUUCCGCACCAUCGUCUCCUUCCUGGCGGCGGGGAAGCUGCGGCUGCUGCGGGAGAUGUGCGCCCUCUCCUUCCAGGAGGAGCUGCUGUACUGGGGGGUGGAGGAGAACAGCCUGGACUGGUGCUGCCUGCGGAAGCUGCGGCUCCGCCAGGAGGAGUACAAGGAGCUGCAGAGGCUGGAGGAGGAGGAGGAGGCCGAGCUGACCUCGCCGCGGUCCCGCGAGGAGAGCCCGCAGCCCCCGGGGGCCGGGCCGGGGCCGUCGCCGCCGCCGGAGGAGGAGGAGGCCCAGGCGGGCGGGGGCUGCAUGCGGAGGCUGCGGGACAUGGUGGAGAACCCCCACUCGGGCCUGCCGGGGAAGAUCUUCGCCUGUCUGUCGGUGGUGUUCGUGGCCAUCACGGCGGUGACGCUGUGCGUCAGCACCAUGCCGGACCUCAGAGAGGAGGAGGAGAGGGGCGAGUGCUCCCAGAGGUGCUACAACAUCUUUGUCCUGGAGACGGUGUGCGUGGCCUGGUUCUCCCUGGAGUUCACGCUGCGCUUCAUCCAGACGCAGAGCAAGUGCGCCUUCCUGCGCACGCCCCUCAACGUCAUCGACGUGGUGGCCAUCCUGCCCUACUACGUCACCCUCAUCGUGGACUCCCUGUCCGUUGGGGGGAAGCCCGCGGGCUCCGGGAACAACUACCUGGAGAAGGUGGGCCUGGUCCUCCGGGUGCUGCGGGCGCUGCGGAUCUUCUACGUGAUGAGGCUGGCCCGCCACUCGCUGGGCCUGCAGACGCUCGGGCUGACGGUGAAGUGCACGCGCGAGUUUGGCCUGCUGCUGCUCUUCCUCUGCGUCGCCAUGGCCCUCUUCUCGCCGCUGGUGUUCCUGGCGGAGAGCGAGCUGGGCGCCAAGCAGGAGUUCACCAGCAUCCCCGGCAGCUACUGGUGGGCCGUCAUCUCCAUGACGACGGUGGGCUACGGCGACAUGGUGCCCCGCAGCAUCCCCGGCCAGGUGGUGGCGCUGAGCAGCAUCCUGAGCGGCAUCCUCCUCAUGGCCUUCCCCGUCACGUCCAUCUUUCACACCUUCUCCCGCUCCUACCUGGAGCUGAAGGAGGAGCACAUCCGGGCGCUGAGGCAGAAGCCGGACUCGCAGGACAGCACCAAGUCCCAGAACAGCGAGGACUCCCAGGAGACGGACAGCUACCACGGCGUCGCGGAGGCCGCCACCUCGUCCAUGCGGCGGAGGAGGUCCAUGGCCGCUCGCAGGGCGGCUGAGGUUACGGCGUGAGCAGCACACCUCGGCUAAACAUCUCAAGUGGAGUUUUUUUCCCGUAGUAGUUUAUUAAUGACGUGCGACGCCGUCUCCCGUAUUGCAUAUGACAAACCAAAUGACUUUGCUGUAGGAGGUACACACAUGCACACGAUGAUGUCAGCGCAUUCAUUCGCAUUGAAGCGGUGCUCAUCGAUCUACAGCACAACGCGAUGGACGAUUUAUCGGUCAAUGGGCUUUGCACGCACGCUGCUGUCGGCAUUAAAUAUCUGGUUUUCUAUGCCGGUGCUUGAAAGGAACAGUGUGAGUUUUAGUUGCUGCGUUUGUCUCGUACGUCCAAAGGGAAUCUGCUAUUGAUCCUCCUGAAGCUUUGUGUUGCAUCAUCAUCAUCAUCAUCAUCCGGUCAAACUAUCACAUGUUCUGUAGAAAUAAAGAAAUGGAUAUUCAUAUAUAUUACCAGAUUUCCUUGAAUAUUGUCUGGCAGCAGUCAGGAUACUCUGAAAGAAUGUGGCUUCUUCUGUGGAAAACUAAUUAUUUUUGUCUCUUUGACCGAUCCUGAAACCAAAUCUAAAAGGUUUGCAUGUUUCACUGGUUUUAACCCCCAAAGAUCCAAUUAAACAGUGAAGAACAUUGUUAGAAUGAUUGAAGCGAAACACACUUAUAGGGAUGUGAAGUCACAGUUGGACUUUGGUCACUGAUACAGCAGCACAUGUCUAAACAUAUUUAUAAUAAUUACUAAUUCUAAUAAUAAUAUUCCCCGGCUUAAAACAUGUCCCCACACGAUUGGAAAUAACGCUGUUUGGGGAUCGAGUGACUUCUUUUGUAGUGACAUGAAAAAAACAUUUCCCCAAAUUAUUGUGCGGUUGGAAUCUUCAAAGUGCAGUUUAGUUUUUGAUGUUUUCGAUGUGCCAAACAGGGUGUAAGGACACAUUUAAUCUGCUUAUUGUGAAUCACACUGAAUUGUCCAACACCAGGGAAAUAUUACUGUCUUUAAACUAUUAUCUCUGCAGUAUUGCUUUGAAUAUGAGACAUCAUUUGAACGGAAAGCCAUCUGAAAUGGAUUUGUGCUACGCGUCAUGAAUCCGUAGCCUGAGGAACUUCUUUUUGACAAAUAAAGAUCUUAUUGAACACA